AUGGUCAUGUUAAUAGUAAGGCGCCGCACGUUAACAGAGGAGCACUCCACGCGUUUAACAGAGCCGACUCGCCAUUCUAAAUAAAGAGAAAAAAAAACCUAUCGUAAAUCGACUGUGCCGUGGUGCUGAAUUAUAUUGUGAAAUUAAAUUUCCAUAACAUUUGGUGCAUUGAGGACGCGCCUCUGACAAUCCAUCACAAAUUCCACGUACAGUAUACACAGAAUCGCGCAUGCAACAGGUAGCCAAAGCGACGAUCGCACAGCGUGACAUUUGCAUCAACAGCUGACGCAGACGAUUAAGAACUCAGCAACAAUAGAAGCCGCGUCAAGCAAAACGCAACGCAAUUUAAUUAGCUCCAGGAGUGUUUCGCAAACAAUCAACAAACGAGAAAAUGUCUGUGGACGAACAUACGCCCGUGUUGCGCAGCUGCAUCAAAUUGCCGCUGAAAAAGGACGAGCUGAUCGAGGUGAUAGCUAAGGCCAAGGACUAUGCGAUCAUGCACGGCGCCGCAAUGCGUUCCAAAACCAGCUUCAGUCCAGACUCCCUAAACUUUGCGCCCUUUGUGCUGGUGCCGUCGUCCUUUCCGCGCAAGGAAUUCGAGAAGGCAAUCGCAUUGCAGCCGAUAAUCAAUCGACUAAUGCACAAUGUUGCGCACGAUGAAGAAUUUAUCACGACGACACUGGCGGAGACAAUUAAAGUGGAUGAGUUUACGGCAAAUCUAUUUAAUAUCUAUCGCAAGGUUCUAGCCCUUGGCUUUACCCAGCGCAUUUCAUUGGGCAUGCUGCGCAGCGAUCUGAUGCUGGAGUCCCGCUGUCCGGAGUUGUCGCCCCUGUUGGAGACGAGCGCUGGCGCUGGCAAUGAUGCAAAGGAGGGGCAGAAGCAGAAGGAGCGAAUGGCGGACGCGAAGGCGAGCACGAAGGCGGGAAAGGCAAAUCCGACCGCCCAGCCGGGCAUUCAGCGCAGCGCUAGCUCCUCAUAUUGCUGCUGGAAACAAGUUGAGAUCAAUACGAUAGCAUCGGGUUUUGGCCAUUUGGGACCAGCAAGUAAAACCAUACAAAGCUUCGUCCUGCGAGAACUUGGACAUGCUGAGAAAUUGAAGCAAAUGCCGAAGAACGAAGCCUUGGCAGGUCUCUGCGAUGGUAUGGUCAAAGCCUGGAAUAUCUAUGCCAAGCCCAAGUCAGUCAUUCUGUUCAUCAUUGAGGACAUCUCGUAUAACAUUUGUGAUCAGCGUUUCCACGAGUUCUACAUCCGUGAGACCUAUCCGCACAUCAAAGUGCUGCGUCGCACCCUCACUGAGGUGCACAAGGAGGGCAAGUUGGGCCAGAACAAGGAGCUGCUGCUCGGAAACACUGAAGUGGCCGUCAUCUAUUUCCGUGCCGGCUAUGAGCCGGGUCACUAUCCCACGCAGGGUGAAUGGGAUGCUAGAUACCUGAUGGAGACCUCGUUGGCUAUUAAAUGUCCAUCGAUUCAAUAUCAUUUGGCUGGAACUAAGAAGGUGCAGCAGGCACUGGCACAGCCAGCGGUGCUGGAGCGUUUCAUCAACGAUCCGGAGGAGAUGAAGGCUGUCGGCAAGAUCUUUACCGGCCUCUAUUCGAUGGACGACAAUGAGGUGGGCAAUGCCAACUAUGAGAUGGCCAUGCGGACGCCAGAGAAGUUUGUGCUGAAGCCACAGCGCGAGGGUGGCGGCAACAAUGUUUACGGCUUGGACAUUCCCGAUGCUCUGAAGCGCAUGUCGCGAGUGGAGCGUUCUGCUUGGAUUUUGAUGGACCUGAUACAUCCGCCGCUGUCGCAGGGCUACAUGAUACGACCUGGCAGCGAUGUGCCGCCCCAGAUUGUAGACAUGGUCUCCGAGCUGGGCAUCUUCGGCGUCAUCAUUGGCGAUGCGGAUCACAUUAUCCACAACUAUCAGGCGGGUCACAUGCUGCGCACGAAACUAUCCACUGCCAAUGAGGGAGGCGUGGCUGCUGGCCUGGGCGCCCUCGACAGUCCAUACUUGAUAGACUCCGACGAUGAGGAUUAAUGCUACUAACUCUGCCUGCCCGCCACUUUGCCUAUUUGCUCCAAGUACUUAACAAUUGUAUAAAAGAUAUUCUCCUACUUCCUCCCACUCCCAUAAACUAUUUUUGUAAUGCGCGUAGAGCUGUAAUUGGUGCAAUAAAUUCCACUGUAAAUACGAGA